AUGGUCGCGACAUUACCGAAGACUGGCUUUCAAUACGUCAACUCCCACAAGAAGGGCAGUAAGAAGGUUUUCUACUUCCUGUUUGAUAGCCACGAUUUACGCUUUAACAGUCUGCGAGCCACGCUUCGGACCUGUAUCUCUCAGUUAGCCUACCAAGGUUUGGGCAGACGGUCUGAUCAAAUCAGUCGGAUCGCGAGCUACAUGCUGGCGCUCCAGGCGUGGACCGAUGAGCAUCUGCUGAUGUACUGGAGACAUUUCCAGCAUCAUACAGACGACAUCUACAUCACUGCGAGCCUCGAUGAGUGCGACGGCUGGAAACGCAAGCUGCUCUCAUUCCUGCGCAUUCUCUUCGCCUUGAGAGAAAGCCGCAGUAAGACCAUCAUCACAACGACAGCGGACUCGGAUGAACAACUUAGCUUGGAGCUUGCUACGAUACAACCCAGCGAUGUCUACAAAGAGGAGCGUCUUAACAGCGACUUUCUCGUGAGCGCAACGGAUAAUGAGGACAUUCGGUUCCAGCUGUCCAAGCUGCUGCAUGAGAAUUCACGGCUCGCCAGCAACCAAGCUGUUGCGGAAGUGGUCAGGGAUGUGCUGAACGCGUACGGGCAGGAUGAUGAUCAGCGGCACAUCAAGGAACAAUGGCUUUCUACAAGCAGACAUUUUCCGGCACACUGGUUCGAGGAACACCUCUCGCGUCUUAGCACCACGGGUGAAGGAGACUGCGUGUUCCCGCUUGUGCUGCGUGCUAUACCCAAGGAGUGGCGGGAGUGGGCUCGACCGCUUUUGUCGUGCGUCCCGGUCAUCUGUACGCGUUAUACGGGCGGAUGA